UGACGUCAUCACAGAGCGACGUGACUCCGCUUUGGUGAGCGCAUGCGCGGUCACUCAGCUUUUGUUAUUUGAUUCCAGUAUGGCGCUGAGCAAGACUUUUGGCCAAAAACCUGUCAAAUUCCAGCUUGAGGAGGAUGGGGAUUUUUACAUGAUCGGAUCUGAGGUGGGAAACUACUUGCGUAUGUUCAGGGGCUCCCUGUAUAAAAGAUACCCGUCGUUAUGGAGGAAGCUGGCAUCGGUAGAAGAGCGGAAGAAGAUCGUGGAGUCUUCACACGAUCACGGCUACACCCAGCUGGCCACCAGCGUCACCCUACUCAAAGCCUCGGAGGUGGAGGAGAUCCUCGAAGGCAACGACGAGAAGUACAAAGCCGUGUCCAUCAGCACCGAGCCUCCCGCCUACCUCAGGGAACAGAAGGCCAAGAGGAACAGCCAGUGGGUUCCCACGCUGCCCAACAGCUCCCACCACUUGGACGCCGUGCCGUGCUCCACCACCAUCAACCGCAGCCGGCUGGGCCGGGACAAGAAGAGGACGUUCCCGCUGUGCUUUGACGACCACGACCCGGCCGUCAUCCACGAAAACGCCACUCAGUCCGAAGUCCUGGUGCCCAUCCGCCUGGACAUGGAGAUCGAGGGACAGAAGCUGAGAGACGCUUUCACCUGGAACAUGAACGAGAAGCUGAUGACGCCCGAGAUGUUUGCGGAGAUCUUGUGCGACGACCUGGACCUCAACCCCCUGGCCUUCGUGCCCGCCAUCGCCUCGGCCAUUCGCCAGCAGAUCGAGUCCUACCCCACCGACAGCAUCCUGGACGAGCAGACCGACCAGCGGGUCAUCAUCAAGCUCAACAUCCACGUGGGCAACAUCUCGCUGGUGGACCAGUUUGAGUGGGACAUGUCCGAGAGGGAAAACUCCCCCGAGAAGUUCGCUUUGAAGCUGUGCUCCGAGCUGGGGCUGGGCGGCGAGUUCGUCACCACCAUCGCCUACAGCAUCCGCGGACAGCUCAGCUGGCACCAGAGGACCUACGCCUUCAGCGAGAACCCCCUCCCCACCGUAGAAAUCGCCAUCAGGAACACGGGCGACGCCGACCAGUGGUGCCCCCUGCUGGAGACGCUGACCGACGCCGAGAUGGAGAAGAAGAUCAGAGACCAGGACAGGAACACCAGGCGAAUGAGGAGACUCGCCAACACGGCGCCGGCCUGGUAGGAGCUUCGUCACCAUCAUCGUCACCGUCAUCAUCAUCAUCAUCAUCAUCAUCCUCCCUUCCCGACUGGAAGAAGAUGGCUGGCACCAGCGAUGCUUUAUUAGGAUUAUUUGGGAUUCUUAUGGUCUUCUUUGUGCGUCGGCCUUGGCCUUGGGCGUGACCUUGGCCUUGGGCAUGACCUUGGCCUUGGCGUGUCCUUGGCUUUGGGCGUGUCCUUGACCUUGGAGUGUCCUUGACCUUGGCGUGUCCUUGGCGUGACCCCAGGAGAGGCCAAAGCAAGCGUGUCAGAUAAUAUAUUCUUCCUCUACGUGCCGCUUCUUGUCUUUUUCUACUUUUUUGUGAUUGGUAGAAAAAUAAAGGGAAGAGAAGAGGACGCCAUGUUUUUUUUUUUUUCUUCUAUGGUUCACAUGGAUGCUUCUAAAAUGGUUUUAUUACCAUUCUUGGUUCUCUACAAUCAGACCUUUUUAGCAGAAUAUUUCACCUUUUUUGUUGUUGUUUUUGCCGGGGUAUUUUUUUCAUUCCAAUAAUUAAAAAAAAGUCAAAACAAUACAUUUUUUAUGUUUUUAUGAUUCAUGCCCAUACUAAAACUUCCCCCCAGUCUAAUUAAAAAUAUCUGAAAUAUUUCAAAUGUAUGCUACUCAAAUUACUUUAUUUUUCCUCAUCAAAACAUUCCCUUUUCCUCAUGAUUCCUUUUCUUUUUAUUCCCUUUUUUACAUUUUUGCUAUUGUUCUUUGUAUUCGUUAUUAAAGUCAAAAUAAUACAAUUAAAAAUUGCACUUAUGUAGAAUUUUUUGUGAAUGUUUUUGUAAUAUUUUUAUUGUAUUUUCUUUUAUUUUUAUUAUUAAUUCCUGUAUGAUAG